AUUUGUGCUUCCUCAGUUUCAGUUCAAAAUCGAAUUGAUUGUUGAAAUGGUUGACGUGCACAAGAACAUGCCACAGUGCAAUCAGCAAUGGCGCUUUCUGCAGCUUUCAAGGAGAGACUAGAUCAAAUGGAGUUUACCAGAAACCAGCGACUUCAUCUUCUCCAGGCGGAGAAAGAGCUACAAGUGGAGAAAUCACAGAUACUAGCAACCAAGCACGCAAGCAUACAAUCAAUAGAACGCAAAUGUUUGAUGCUCGACCAGAAGAUCGUUUCACAAAACCUCAAGAUCACGCUUCUCAGAUCUACCAUCCAAGAUCUCGAUUCCAAAUACCACUGCUCUGUUCAGCAAUUGAGGACGCUAAAAAGCGAGGUUGAAGAGUUAAAGGAGUUAGACCAAGAGAGGGAAAAGUAUUACGAGCUGAAAUGCUCUGAGAUGAACGAGUUCAUGCAAAAUGUGGAGCGGUUCAGAUCAGAGAAACGGUUACAAGUCGAGAACUUGAGAGACCAAGUCAAGGAGCUUAGCUCAACGUUUGAGGAAAUACAUCACAAGAACAAUUAUCUGAGGAACACAAAUUAAAGGUAUGAUGAUUCCUCUAAUCAUCAUAUCAUGAAGCGAGGUGCAAAAGCAUAUAAACACGUUUGCAGGACGCUCAAGAGCACGGUUGAAGAGUUAAAGGAGUUUAGACCAAGAGAGGGAUAAGUAUUAGGAACUGAAAUGCUCAGAGAUGAACGAGUUUGCAGUAAGUCGAGAACUUGAGAGACCAAGUCGAGGAGCUUAUCUCAAAGUUCGAGGAAAUUCAUAACAAGAACAAUUAUCUGAGGAACACAAAUCAAAGGUAUGAUUCCUCUAAUUAUCAUCAUGAAGAGAGGUGCAAAAGCAUAUGAACACGUUUGCAGG